CUGGUUUCUUUUCUCCCAAACGAAAGGAGCCAAAAGCAACCGAUCAAGUGGAGACCAGUAACCGCACAUUCACUUCAUUUCCCCCACAAGAGAAAAGAUAAGAUAAUGGAGUUUUCUGCCACGUGGCCUUAUCCUAGUGGUGCGUACCGAUAAGGGUGUCAACACCUUUCCUUAAUCCUGUGGCAGUAAACGACGUUAUCAUGAAUCAUGGACCCUUUGAUCAUGAGGGCUUUUCGCCUUUAGGGGGUUCUCAUUAUAUAAAGAUGACAACACCAGUAGGAAAACAAGUCAGUAAGUAAACGAGCAAAAGAAGAAGAGAAACAACAAGAAGUAGUAAUGGCUUCCUCUAUGCUCUCCUCCGCCGCUGUGGUUACAUCCCCGGCUCAGGCCACCAUGGUCGCUCCAUUCACCGGCUUGAAGUCAUCCGCUGCAUUCCCGGUCACCCGCAAGACCAACAAGGACAUCACUUCCAUCGCAAGCAACGGGGGAAGAGUUAGCUGCAUGAAGGUGUGGCCACCAAUUGGAAAGAAGAAGUUUGAGACUCUAUCUUACCUCCCUGACCUUAGUGACGUCGAAUUGGCUAAGGAAGUUGACUACCUUCUCCGCAACAAGUGGAUUCCUUGUGUUGAAUUCGAGUUAGAGCACGGAUUUGUGUACCGUGAGCACGGAAACACUCCCGGAUACUACGAUGGACGGUACUGGACAAUGUGGAAGCUUCCAUUGUUCGGAUGCACCGACUCCGCUCAAGUGUUGAAGGAAGUUGAAGAAUGCAAGAAGGAGUACCCGGGCGCCUUCAUUAGGAUCAUCGGAUUCGACAACACCCGUCAAGUCCAAUGCAUCAGUUUCAUUGCCUACAAGCCCCCAAGCUUCACCGAAGCUUAAUUUCUUUUCUAAAACAUUCUUAUGAAUUAUCUCUGCUCAUUUCAUUUCCUAUUGUCUGUGUUCUUUUUCUCUUUAUGAGACAAUUUCUAUCGGAUUGUCAAAUGUCUGAUUUAUGAAUAUGUAAUUUAUAUAUCCGUGCGUCUUGAUUUUUUCCGAUGGUUAACUAGUUUGAAAAUUUCCGAUGAGAUAAGACAACAUACAAAAAAUCGAAUAAAUUGUGUAAAUAUAGAUAAUAGUGACAUAUGGAUUUGUAUUCAUAUUUGUCCAUUGUUUUAAGAGGAAAAAAGUUACAAAAUCUUAUUUUCUUAAUAAUAAGUAAAUUUACUUU